AUUGAUGUUUUUCUUUUCUAUUUUAGAAUUUUAGGGUUUCUUUUGUCUCUUUAGUACGGUAUACUUUCUUCACACUAGGGUAAUGAUUUCUUCUUGUUAACGUUAAUGGUGCUGGAAAAUCAAACCGCUUAUUGAUCCAUUCAACCACAUUUAAGUGUAAAUCUAGUAAUCCUCUAGUCUCUACUCGUUACACAUGAACUCUGUUUCUUUUUCCUUCAAAGAUUUGUAUGUAUUAAAUAAAACCCCUAGGAAAAACCUAAGUUGCAGCCUGUAGGUGCUUGGUUGCGCUUACUAGGGCUUUCUUCAGUUCAUACUCUUCAGCGUUUGUUUGUUUUUCCUCUUUUGUCUCUUGCUUCUUUUGGUUGCUUUCAUUUUGUUUUUUCUUGGGCUUUUAAUUACAGUGGGUUAACCUUUGAUUAUUCUUUUUUGUGUUGAACUUUGUUUAGUUUUAAAGUCUUGGAAAAUUACAGACCAACAAUUUGCUUAACAUCAUAAAGUAGGAGAAAUGAGCAGUGUGGCACAGAUACCAACUUCUUUUGGACAUGAGCUUAGGGCUUGCCUCCGUUGUAGGCUUGUCAAAACUUAUGACCAGGUUUAUUUCUUACUCUAGCUUAUGAAUUUGAUAUCAUGCUUCAAAAUGUGUAGACUAGGUUACUUGUGGCGGAAUACUGCUUCGUGCAAUUUUUGUUUCUCAUUACAGUUUAGGGAAUCGGGAUGUGAAAAUUGUCAAUUUUUUAAUAUGGACAAAGAUAAUGAAAUGGUCAACGAGUGCACUACGUCGAAUUUCACCGGAAUAAUUUCAGUCAUGGAUCCAAGUAGAAGUUGGGCUGGCAGGUGGUUGAGAAUUGGAAAAUUUGUUCCUGGUUGCUACACGCUUACAGUGUCAGAGACACUAUUCGGAGAAUUACAGACAAUUUGCGAUGAACAUAAUAUCCCAUAUGUGCCACCGAAGCGUUCCUGAGUCAGAGAUGGACUAUAUAUAGAUAGGUACUUCGUAUGAUGUUACAAUAGAUGGUUGUUUACCUACUGGCUACUACUUGAAAAAACUUGUGAUGUUAAGAUUUUAGUAGCUCCUGAAGGGACAAUACCUGUAUAUCAGGUUUAUAUGAUUAUGUAGCUAAGAAAGUGGUCGCUUUAUAUACACUAUAAUAACUUUGCCCUGUAGGAAAGUAUGGUUUAAGGGCAGUGCAAUUCGCCUCCCUGUCUCCUCCCUCA